AUGGAGAAUUCAAGCAAUUUUAAUCAUGACAGAAUAAUUGAAGAGAAUAAUGGUAAUAAUAGUUUAGAAUAUGAAGCAAACAAUAAUUUAGAGUAUGAAGUAAAUAGUGAUGUUGAUAAUGAUAAUGACCAAGAAUGUGAGACGGACACUCAUAUGACAGAUGAAUUAGUUUUUUAUCAAGAAGUUAAAUCAAUUUUUAAUCCAGAAACUGAACCACAAUAUUAUGAAGGAAAAGGUAUUUUUUAUAAUGAAGCAGAAAUAGUAUUCAAUUUUGAAUCUAAUAAAAUUUCUUGUACUAGAACUGGAAUUAAUAAAGAUAUGUAUUAUUUAACAGAUGAGGAAUCAAAAAUUAUUAACAAUUUACUCACUAAAGAAAUGAAAGAAAAAUUUAAAUCUUAUUUAAUGUCUAAUUAUAAAGAAGAAAUUAUAAAGGAACUUUUCUCAAUUGAAGAAACAAUGAGGUUAUUUGUAAAUGAAAUUUUUACUAACAAUAAUAUUGAUGAGAAUUUAAGAAUCAAAAUUGUUACUUUUCUUAAUAACUUAUUCGAUUAUAAUAAUGAAAAAAUCGCUAUGUUUUUAUCGGAAAAUGACGAAACAAAAGAUAAUUCUUAUAUUUCUUUUUUAUUGGCAAAAUAUUGUUAUGAUGUAUUGUAUGAGAUUGAUUCAUUUUUAUUAGAAUGGAUAUUCAAUAGUAAUAAAACAAAAGAAUAUUAUGACAUAAUGAAGUGUUUAUAUGGUAUUAUUUAUGAAAAUUUUCUUAAUAUGCCAUCUAAAGAAUUUUUAGAUCAAAUUCCUGAAAUUGAUAAAAUUAAAAAUUUGAUAGUGGCUAAUAAAGAGAAUUUUAUUAAUUACAACAUUAAUAAUUGUAAUUAUUUACAUGUAAUAUUUAGAGUUUUUUAUCCUGAUAAAAUUGAAGAAGCUAUAAAGGAUGAUGUUAUAUUAAAUCCAUGGCAUUAUGUUUAUUUUCAAUUAAACUUAUAUGAAUUAAGGGCAUUUUCUUUUUAUCAAUUAAAUAAUGCUGUUGUAAUAGAUAAUUGA